GCGGGGCCUGCCGCCGGGGCUGGGUUUGCAGUCAAGUGUCCUAGGCACUCUCUCCACCGUCAGCGCGGGGCUCUCCGCCUUCUUCGGGGGGCUGGACAGCAUCGGCUCCGCCUAGCCAGGUGUCGUCGGUUCCCAGGUGCCCGCCGGACCUCCGGCAUUCCAGUGCCGCAGGCCUGUGCAGCGGCCAGCAGCGAUGGAGGACGCCCCCGAGCGCACUCCUUCCUCCGAGUCCAUACAGCCUCCGGGUCUGGCCAGGGAGCCCGAGGUGACAUCUCCCGGGGACUCAGAGGGCUGCGCCCGGCCUCUAGACCCGGCCCCUAAGAAACUCUGUGGGUAUUUAAGUAAGUUUGGCGGCAAAGGACCCAUCAAAGGCUGGAAAUGCCGCUGGUUCUUCUACGAUGAGAGGAAGUGCCACCUGUAUUAUUCGCGCACCGCUCAGGAUGCUAACCACUUGGACAGCAUCGAUCUCUCCAGUGCCACCUUUGACUGUAAGGCGGACGCUGAGGAGGAGGGCACUUUUGAAAUCAAGACUCCUAGCCGAGUUAUUACCCUCAAGGCUGCCACCAGGCAAGCGAUGCUCUACUGGCUACAGCAGCUGCAGAUGAAGCGCUGGGAGUUCCACAACAGCCCACCUGCACUUCCUGCCACCCCUGCUGCCGCCCUGACUGAGAAUGGGCCCACCCUGCACCUCAAGCUAGAACAAGAGGAGGAGUUGGAGGAGUUCCUGUGCCCUGUGAAAACGCCCCCUGGACUUGUGGGUACAGCAGCGGCCUUGCAGCCUGUCCCUGCCAUGCCCUCAGCCCUACAGAACAUCUCCCUCAAGCAUCUGGGAACCGAGAUACAGAACACCAUGUACAACAUCCGAGGCAACAAGCAGGCCCAAGCAACAGCCCAUGGGCCACCCGUGGAAGAGUCGUCACAGAGUGCAGAGCCUCAAAGAGGGGAGCAGCCCUUGAUCUCUGAUCCCAGCAUUCCAGAAAAGGACCCAGAGGAUCCUCCCAAGUCUGCACCCAGGCCCUGCGUGCCCUCGGGUCCCAUGCAGAAACCCAAGCGGCAAAGCAACACCUUCCCGUUCUUUUCCGACGGCCUGGCUCGGAGCCGCACAGCCCAGGAGAAGGUGGUGGCCUUGGAACAGCAGGUGCUGAUGCUCACCAAAGAGCUCAAGUCACAGAAGGAGCUGGUGAUAAUCCUACACAAGGCCCUGGAGGCUGCCCAGCAAGAGAAGCGAGCCUCCAGUGCGUACCUGGCAGCCACCGAGGACAGAGAUCGGCUGGAGCUGGUCCGGCACAAGGUGCGGCAGAUCGCGGAGCUGAACCAGAGGGUGGAGGCUCUGGAGCAGGACCGUGAGCGCCUGGUGCAUGAGGCUGGCCUGCGGGAGCAGCAGGUGCAGGCGCUUCAGCAGCACGUGCAGCUGCUCAUGGACAAGAACCAGGCCAAGCAGCAGGUCAUCUGCAAGCUCUCCCAGAAGCUCACGGAAGACCUUGCACAACCCCAGCCUGCUGAUGCUACCAAUGGUGACUUCCUGAGCCAGCAGGAGAGGUUGGAGCAUCUGAAGGAUGACAUGGAGGCAUAUCGGACUCAGAACCGCUUCCUCAACUCUGAGAUCCACCAGGUCACCAAGAUCUGGAGGAAGGUGGCCGAGAAGGAGAAAGCCCUGCUGACCAAGUGCGCCUACCUCCAAGCCAGGAACUGCCAGGUAGAAAGCAAGUACCUGGCCGGACUUCGAAGGCUGCAGGAGGUGGCAGGGGCUGAGCCUGGCGACUUCCCUGAGCUGCUGCAGCAGCUGGUCCAGGAGGCACUGCAGUGGGAAGCAGGAGAGGCUUCCGACAGCGUGGGGCUGAGCCCUGUCAGCGAGUAUGAUGAUUACGGCUUCCUGACAGUGCCAGACUACGAGGUGGAAGACCUGAAACUACUAGCCAAGAUCCAGGCCUUGGAGGUGCGCUCCCACCACCUGCUGGCCCUCGAGGCCGUGGAGAGGCCACUGCGGGACCGCUGGGCUACUCUGACCGAGCUCAUGCCCUCAGCUGAACUCAAGCAGCUGCUACGGGCAGGUGUGCCCCGAGAGCACCGCCCACGGGUCUGGAGGUGGCUGGUCCACCGCCGUGUCCAGCACCUGCACUCCUUAGGCUGCUACCAGGAGCUUCUGGCCCGGGGCCGGGCAUGUGAGCACCCUGCUGCUCGUCAGAUCGAGCUGGACCUCAACAGGACCUUCCCCACCAACAAGCACUUCACCUGCCCUACCUCCAGCUUCCCCGACAAGCUCCGCCGUGUGCUCCUGGCCUUCUCCUGGCAGAACCCCACCAUUGGCUACUGCCAAGGCCUGAACAGGCUGGCGGCCAUCGCCCUGUUGGUCCUAGAGGAUGAGGAGAGUGCCUUCUGGUGCCUGGUGGCCAUUGUGGAGACCAUACUGCCGGCUGAGUACUACAGCAAGACACUGACUGCAUCCCAGGUGGACCAGCGGGUGCUCCAGGACCUCCUCUCAGAGAAGCUGCCCCGACUGACUGCGCACCUGGGACAGCGCCAUGUAGACCUCUCUCUCAUCACGUUCAACUGGUUCCUAGUGAUCUUUGCCGACUCUCUCAUCAGUGACAUCCUCCUGAGAGUCUGGGAUGCCUUCCUAUACGAAGGGACCAAGGUGGUGUUCCGAUAUGCUCUGGCCAUCUUCAAGUACAACGAGGAAGCGAUCCUUCGACUCCAGGACAGCCUGGAGAUCUACCAGUACCUGCGCUUCUUCACCAAGACCAUCUGCGACAGCCGGAAGCUCACAAGCAUUGCCUUCAAUGAUAUGAACCCCUUUCCCAUGAAGCAACUGCGGCAGCUGCGGGCAGCCCACCAAGAGCGACUAGAGGCUGAGCUGCGGGAGCUGGAACUGCUGAAGGCUGAGUACUUGGAGAGAAGGGCAUCCAGGGGCAGAGCGGUGCCUGAGGGCUGCGUCAGCGAGGACGAAGGAGAAGGCGACAGCUGACCCACCACCCUGUUCCCCAAAGCCUUGCUUACCACUGCUGUCAGGAAGAUAGAAUUCAGUAAUGGGCCAGAGGUGUGUGUGACCCCGGACAAGGCCUUGUCCUCUCCCAGCAUUAGCCUGUAUCACAGCCCCACAGAGCACUUUAACACACAGGAAGGAGGCAGGGAUACACUCUGGGUCACCCGGAACCGUCUCCGAGGCACCGCCGUCUCAGUUUGGCUUGGAUUUCAUCUUCUGACCAGGCCUCCUGGGACUCAGGCUGACCC